CCCACUCUCCCUCCCGGACAGCCUCCCACUCCCACCCUCCUCGGGGGGCCGUGAGGGGCCGGGCUGGGGGGAGGGCAGCCACCUCACCCCGGCUUGGGACCUUUUUCACCCCUCAUCGCGCCCGUCGGCUGCGCGCUCCGGGGCCCUCGGGGGCUUGGUCCCGGCGGCGGCUCCCUGCUCUCCCUCCGCCCGUCAGCGCCGGGCCCUGCGGUCGCCCGGCGUGAGGCUCUCGGCCUCGGGAACCCCGCUGUCUCGGGCCAGGUGCACCCCUACGGACCGGGGAGGCAGGGUCUGCGGACGCAGGAUCCAGCUCCAUGUGGGUCGUGGUCCUGUGCUGCUCCCGCACGACCCUGGGGCUGCGAGGUCCCGGACUCGCAGCGGAACUGAGAUGGUGGAGCCAGGGCAAGAUUUACUGCUUGCUGCUUUGAGUGAAAGUGGAAUUAGUCCAAAUGACCUCUUUGAUAUUGACGGUGGAGAUGCAGGGCUUGCAACUCCAACACCUACCCCUCCAGUUCAACAGUCAAUGCCUCUUAGUGCAUUAGAACUAGGUUUGGAGUCUGACGCAGCAGUUCCAGUUAAACCAGAACCAGAGACGGUACCUACUCCAGCAUUAUUAAAUGUUAGGCAGCAACCUCCAUCUACUACAACUUUUGUGUUGAAUCAAAUAAAUCAGCUUCCAACCUUGGGAUCUACAAUUGUAAUGACUAAAACACCACCUGUCACAACUAAUAGGCAAACCAUCACUUUAACAAAGUUUAUUCAGACUACUGCAAACACACGCCCUUCAGUCUCGGCACCGGCAGUAAGAAAUGCCAUGACCUCUGCACCUGCAAAAGACCAGGUUCAGCUGAAAGAUCUGCUCAAAAAUAAUAGUCUUAAUGAACUCAUGAAACUGAAGCCACCUGCUAAUAUUGUUCAGCCAGUUGCAACAGCAGCUACUGACGUAAGCAAUGGUACAGUAAAGAAAGAUUCUUCUAAUAAAGAAGUAGCAAGAAUAUGGAUAAAUGACAUGAAAAUGAGAAGUUUUUCCCCAACCAUGAAGGUCCCUGUUGUGAAAGAGGAAGAUGAACCAGAGGAAGAAGAUGAAGAAGAAAUGGGUCAUGCAGAAACCUAUGCAGAGUAUAUGCCAAUAAAAUUAAAAAUCGGCCUACGCCACCCAGAUGCUGUAGUGGAAACUAGUUCUUUAUCCAGUGUUACUCCUCCUGAUGUUUGGUACAAAACAUCAAUUUCUGAAGAAACCAUUGAUAAUGGCUGGUUAUCAGCUUUACAACUUGAAGCAAUUACAUAUGCAGCCCAGCAACAUGAAACAUUCCUACCUAAUGGAGAUCGUGCUGGCUUCUUAAUAGGUGAUGGUGCUGGUGUAGGAAAAGGGAGAACAAUAGCAGGAAUUAUCUAUGAGAAUUAUUUGUUGAGUAGAAAAAGAGCAUUGUGGUUCAGUGUUUCAAAUGAUUUAAAGUAUGAUGCUGAAAGAGAUUUGAGGGAUAUCGGUGCAAAAAACAUUUUGGUCCAUUCAUUAAAUAAGUUUAAAUAUGGAAAAAUUUCUUCCAAGCACAAUGGAAGUGUGAAAAAGGGUGUUAUUUUUGCUACCUACUCUUCCCUUAUCGGUGAAAGUCAGUCUGGCGGUAAAUACAAAACUAGAUUAAAACAGCUCUUACAUUGGUGCGGUGAUGAUUUCGAUGGAGUAAUAGUGUUUGAUGAAUGUCACAAAGCAAAAAACUUAUGUCCUGUUGGUUCUUCAAAGCCAACCAAGACAGGCUUAGCAGUUUUAGAGCUUCAGAACAAAUUGCCAAAAGCCAGAGUUGUUUAUGCUAGUGCCACUGGUGCUUCUGAACCACGCAACAUGGCCUAUAUGAACCGCCUUGGAAUAUGGGGUGAGGGAACGCCGUUUAGAGAGUUCAGUGAUUUUAUUCAAGCAGUAGAACGGAGAGGUGUUGGUGCCAUGGAAAUAGUUGCUAUGGAUAUGAAGCUUAGAGGAAUGUACAUUGCUCGACAGCUGAGCUUUACUGGAGUGACCUUCAAAAUCGAGGAAGUUCUUCUUUCACAGAGCUAUGUUAAAAUGUAUAAUAAAGCAGUCAAGCUGUGGGUAAUUGCCAGAGAGCGAUUUCAGCAAGCCGCCGAUCUGAUUGAUGCUGAGCAACGAAUGAAGAAAUCCAUGUGGGGUCAAUUCUGGUCUGCUCACCAGAGAUUUUUCAAAUACUUAUGUAUAGCAUCCAAAGUUAAAAGGGUUGUGCAACUAGCUCGAGAAGAAAUCAAGAAUGGAAAAUGUGUUGUAAUUGGUCUACAAUCUACAGGAGAAGCUAGAACUUUAGAAGCCUUGGAAGAAGGCGGGGGAGAAUUGAAUGAUUUUGUUUCAACUGCCAAAGGAGUGUUGCAAUCACUCAUUGAAAAGCACUUCCCUGCUCCAGACAGGAAAAAACUUUAUAGUUUGCUAGGAAUAGAUUUGACAGCUCCGAGUAACAACAGUUCACCAAGAGAUAGUCCUUGUAAAGAAAAUAAAAUAAAGAAGCGGAAAGGUGAAGAGAUAACGCGAGAAGCCAAAAAAGCACGAAAAGUUGGUGGCCUUACUGGUAGCAGUUCUGAUGAUAGUGGCAGUGAAUCUGAUGCCUCUGAUAAUGAAGAAAGUGACUAUGAGAGCUCUAAGAACAUGAGUUCUGGAGAUGAUGAUGAUUUCAACCCAUUUAGAGAUGAGUCUAGUGAGGAUGAUGAAGAUGAUCCCUGGUUAAUCAGAAAAGACCACAAGAAAAGCAAAGAUAAAAAAAAGAGGAAAAGUAUAGAUCCAGAUUCUAUUCAAAGUGCCUUAUUAGCAUCAGGUCUUGGAUCAAAACGACCUAGUUUUUCAUCUACGCCAGUUAUUUCGCCGGCUUCUAAUAGUGCACCAGCUCACAAUAACACGAACAGUAACAGUAGCCUUAUAACAAGUCAGGAUGCCGUGGAAAGGGCCCAACAGAUGAAGAAAGACCUACUUGAGAAACUAGAAAAAUUAGCUGAAGACCUCCCUCCUAAUACCCUUGAUGAACUUAUUGAUGAACUUGGUGGCCCUGAGAAUGUUGCUGAGAUGACUGGUCGCAAGGGGAGGGUUGUGAGCAAUGAUGAUGGAAGCAUAUCAUACGAGUCAAGAUCGGAACUUGAUGUGCCUGUAGAAAUACUAAAUAUCACGGAAAAACAAAGAUUUAUGGACGGAGAUAAGAAUAUUGCUAUCAUCUCAGAAGCUGCCAGCUCGGGUAUUUCCUUACAAGCGGAUCGGAGAGCUAAAAAUCAAAGGCGAAGAGUUCACAUGACUUUGGAAUUACCUUGGAGUGCUGAUAGAGCAAUUCAGCAAUUUGGAAGAACUCAUAGAUCAAACCAAGUUACUGCUCCUGAAUAUGUCUUUCUGAUUUCUGAAUUGGCGGGAGAACAAAGAUUUGCCUCUAUUGUUGCUAAAAGACUUGAGAGUUUGGGAGCACUUACGCAUGGUGACAGAAGAGCAACAGAAUCUAGAGAUUUGAGCAGGUUCAACUUUGACAAUAAGUAUGGAAGAAAUGCUUUAGAGAUUGUCAUGAAGUCCAUUGUAAACCUGGAUUCCCCUAUGGUAUCACCACCUCCAGACUAUCCUGGUGAAUUCUUUAAAGAUGUUCGACAAGGACUGAUAGGAGUUGGCCUGAUAAAUGUAGAAGAUCGCUCAGGAAUUCUUACUCUUGAUAAAGAUUAUAACAACAUAGGAAAAUUCUUAAAUAGAAUUUUGGGCAUGGAGGUGCAUCAGCAGAAUGCAUUGUUUCAGUAUUUUGCCGACACACUUACUGCAGUUGUUCAGAAUGCUAAAAAGAAUGGAAGAUAUGAUAUGGGCAUCUUAGAUCUUGGUUCUGGAGAUGAAAAGGUGAGGAAAAGUGAUGUUAAGAAGUUUUUGACUCCAGGAUAUUCAACUUCUGGCCAUGUAGAAUUGUACACAAUUAGUGUAGAAAGGGGAAUGUCCUGGGAGGAAGCUACCAGGAUUUGGGCUGAGCUAACAGGACCAGAUGAUGGCUUUUACUUGUCAUUGCAAAUAAGGAACAAUAAGAAAACUGCCAUCUUAGUUAAAGAAGUGAACCCUAAAAAGAAGCUUUUCUUGGUUUAUAGACCAAAUACUGGGAAACAGCUCAAAUUAGAAAUUUAUGCAGAUCUGAAAAAGAAAUAUAAGAAGGUAGUUUCUGAUGAUGCUGUGAUCCAUUGGUUAGAUCAGUAUAAUUCAUCUGCAGAUACUUGUACUCAUGCUUACUGGCGUGGCAAUUGCAAAAAAGCAAGCUUGGGACUAGUUUGUGAAAUAGGCCUUCGUUGCCGCACAUAUUAUGUAUUAUGUGGUUCAGUGCUGAGCGUCUGGACAAAAGUUGAGGGUGUUCUAGCAUCUGUCAGUGGCACAAAUGUGAAAAUGCAGAUAGUUCGGUUGAGAACAGAGGAUGGACAGCGGAUUGUAGGUCUGAUCAUUCCAGCAAAUUGUGUGUCUCCUCUUGUAAAUCUCCUGUCAACUUCAGACCAGUCUCAACAGCUUGCGGUCCAGCAGAAACAGCUUUGGCAGCAGCACCACCCGCAAAGCAUCACCAACUCGAGCAAUGCAUAAAGAACAGGUUUCAACAUGGAUGUAUCUGAAAUGCUGUUGAGGCAUAUCAUUUGCAUAAAUAUCAGGGACAGUUUCCAAAGAAUUGUAAGUUUUUCUCAGUUGUGCUCUCUCUAGUUAAUAUUUUGGGGAAUAAAGACAGACCUGGAAUCGAUAGCAAGUCUGAAAAUCAGCAGCGCCGAUGGUGGUACAUCGGUCUUUCCUUUUGCUUUUCCCACGGUACUUCCCAUUUGUUUUUACUUUGGGUGAGCAGAGGGGUGUGUGUGCGUGUGUGUAUGUUAGUCUGUUUGUUGGUGAGUUUCUUAAAGGCUGCAAACCACAGUUGGUUUGAAAGGCUUGGAACUUCCCACACUGGCUUUACUUUUCUGUUAUACAGUGCUCAGGGUUAACGCAGUCCAUCCAUGACGUUGCUGGGGGAGUUAUCCCCAGAUGCAUGUAUUUUGAGUCUAUAAAUAUAGAAAAUAUACAUUGGUUUCUUUUUCCAACUUACUAAACACUAGGUUUAUUAAAGCAUGAGAUGAAAGGUUGCAUAUCAUGCAUUCAGGUUCUUUUCUAAUUUUUUUUCUGACAGUGCAUGUCUUUGAAAGCAUGUGUAAACAAGAUUAACACAGAAGUCAAGUGACAGAGAGAAACACAUUUGUAGAUGUACAGCCUUGGUUAUUGCAUUUUUAUGGUGUUUAUACCCGGGUAUUGCUUCUGACCCUGUGAGUCCCUCCCCCCUUCUCCUUCCUGCCCUAGUUUUCUUGUCAGAGUAAUGAGUACAUACAUUUUUUGGUGAUAAAACUCUUUAAAAGUUACUUUUAAUGUACUGAUAGUAUUCCUCACAUGUGCUGCAAAAAUGGCUACAAGCCUGUUUUUCUUAAAUUACGUUUUCUUUAACUUAAAGAUAGUUCUAAAAAGUGCAAAUUGACUUCCAUCUUGCAGUCCUUUUUUUACUUCAUUGUCCUGAUUUGCUUUGUCACUCAUGAAAAGGAAACCUUACUUGAGUUAUAAACUAGACAAUGAGGAGACACUUGAGGCUUCUGCUGUAUGUUUUUUUGUUAUUGUUAUUUUGUUACCCAGUAACUUGAAUAUUGUUUCAUGUGUUGUAAGACAUUGUAGAGUUUAUCUCAAGCUGUUAAAAAUGGUAAUGUACAAAUGUGAAUAGACACUUAUCUAUAAUAUGGGUAAGUUUUGUUUCACCUAUAAUAGAUGUUUAUAAACAAGUGAGGGGACAAUUGGUCUUUUUGUUUACUCGCCCCCACUCCCCCUUUUUUUUUGCUUGCACAGGUUGCACUAUUGAAAAAUUGAGAUUGUAUAAACCUGAUCAAAAGCUGCAAGAUACCAAAAUCUUGUAGAUGUCAAAUAAAAAGUUGUUAUACUAACAAGAAGUGGACUCUUGUUUAGGUCCUCACCACCUCAGAGUAGUCUGUGAUGGGCAUUCUGCAGAACUCGUGUGUUGCCUCAGCAUUCCAGGUAGCCUUAUAUUUUGGCUAAAAACCUACCCCUAAAAAUUGAGAUGGUGUUGAGGAAGGGGUAAAAUGAUAGUAUUUUUUAAUGUUUUUCAAGUUGCAUUGUUCUCAUUUCUAAAUUCUCACAAAAUCAAAUCAGAGAUGUAUGUUAAGGGAUGGAAAGCUAGAGCUUUUGUUCUUCUUAACCAUGUAUUUGGCUAGUCAAGUUUCCCAUAAAUUUCUGUUUGUAUUUAUUUAUUCUUGGUGUCUAAAAGAGCAAAUCGAGCAUAACUUCUGUUCUUUGGCACAUUUUGCCCAGUGGAUGCAACUUUUAUUCCUCAGUCCAGUCCAUGUAUCUCAGGCAGUGAUCCAUUUGAAUAUCAGUGUCCCUUAUAGGCCACUAGACCCAGACAGCAGCCAAGAGCAGAAUCUUCCCUUUAAUUCAGCAAAACUUCCCAGGGCUUCUAUGUUUAAACCAAUACCCCAAUUAUUUUCCAUCGGCAUAUGAAGUGAAAUGGAACUGCAAAGGGAAGCAAACCUGCUCCCUCCUGGGGGAUGAGACGGAGAGGGGUGUGUGUGUGUUUGUAUCUUUUCAGUAGCUUAUGGGGUUUUUUUGUUUGUUUCUUUCAAAGUGGCAUCAGUAUGAGGGUUCUUUAGCAUGCAAUUAAUUGAUCCCCACAGUUGAUGAUUUAAAGUUUGCUCUUGGAAUAGCUGUCUGAUUCAAAGAGGCAUAUGUGUGUUCUGUUCUUUCUAGAAUGGUCUUCUUUCUUUUUCUUUUGUUAAUAAGGUCCAGAAUGGCCCGUGAAAACUCCCUCAAAGUAGACCUCAAAAAGGCAGUCGGUGUAAAUGAUGGGUCACUGAGGGGCUGCAUGUCCACGCCCAUCAGGGGGUGGUCUGCGUGUGAGCACCCGGAUUCUAGUGCCAUCCUCCUUUCUGGAGGUGAGCACAUGACCUUUACACUGUGCCCUUUGUAAAAGUCAGCAAGUUCAGGUCAGCCAACAUGGGAGAAAACCCCAGCAUUUAAGAUCCUCCUUUGUCAAAUAGUCAAGUCUUAACAACAGCUAACUUGUGUGAAAUGGGUCCAGUUAUUUCAGGAUCUAAAUGCCUCAUCUGAACCUAGAGGCCUUGUUUAACCUGAUGGGUGUCCACUUGGCCUUGGUAAUGCCUUGUUUCCUUUUUUAGCAAUAUGGCUCUGAGCACAAAGAUUCGAUUAUAAAUCAUGCUAAUGUUUUCAGAGUUUACAGUGUUGAUUGUACUGAAAACCACUUCCAGAGUCCAGAGCUGCUCAGAUGUUAUCUCUUGGGGAGUUAGUUUUCCCCUAAUUUAGCAACCUUCAUAACACAAGGUCUUUGUAUCUGCAGUUUAGUAGAGUUAUCCAGAUACACUAUCAGUGAUGCAUAUUCAUAAAAGUAUUAACAGAGAAAUUCUUUAAACAUAAACCUGGUCAGAAAAGUAGGUAUGUAAACUCAACAGUUUUCCCUUUUUGCUGCUGAACUGCAGAUAUGUUCUUCAGUAUCUUUCUUUACAUGUGUAUAUAAAUUAGCAAGACCUGCAUCCAAAGCAGUGAGGUAGUGUAUGUAUAUAUAUAUAUAUAUAUUUAUUCCAACCCAAUUUAAUUAGCACUUCAGAAACCUCUUUGAGUUGCAAUAAUAAACCUUUUAGUUUUAGUUUGCUUUAUCUGUGGAGGUAAAAGUUUAGGUUACCUAGCACCAGAGGUAUAUAAUGUUUUAGAGGCACAGUUUUCCAGCCAUAGCUAACUUUUCCCUAGGGUGUUCAUUUCCCAGUCCCUGUAUGUGAAUGCUGUUGGGACAACUUCUACCGCCAGGCAAGAGCAGAAAGGGUGCGGGGCAGCAUUAACAGUUGCGUAGUAGAAAGGCACUUCCUUCAGCCUCCCCACACCCCCACCUGCCACUCUGCAGUUUAACACUAGGGAAAAAGCAAUAGAGUAGAACUGAUUGAUGCAUCUCAAUUUAUGAAGGUAGGGGCAGAGGAAAAGUUUUUUCCCCUUGGGUCCUAUUCUUGAUGGGAGAUGAGGAGAAUGCUCUUAUCCAAGUCCUCUCAUUUUAAAAAUUUACUGGAGUGAUAUUUGGUAGUUCCUAAGAAUGGUGCUACAUCAGUGUUGCUUUUAAGCUGGGAUCCACUUAAUGGAUAUUUAGUUAGUUCAGGCAUCUCCAGUGGCAUAAGCAACCACUGUGAUGAUGAUGAUGGUCUUUAUUUGGCUACUGGUACUUCCUUUUGUCCGUGGUCUCCCCAGCUGACACCAUACUUGUGCAUGUGCUACUGCACACUUGGCUGCUGAAUGUAGCAAGCAUUCCAUAUUGUGGCUACAGCCGAGAGCCAAACCCAUGUUAGAAAAACUUCCUCAUUGAUGCCAGUUGUCUAAUACAAAUGUAGUAUCUUUUACGGGCUAUAAGUUAAGGAAACACAUCUAAAUACCUGCAACUCAAGCUAGCUAAGUAGUUUUUUCUGAGUACUUGAGGUGAAAUCCAAAACGCAUCCUCCAAUUUCAUGCUGUACUUAUAUAUAUGUACAUAGAUGUGUAUAUAUAGAAAUGUUGAGUUCUUUUGAAUUCUCAAUGUAAAUAUUUCUUGUAAAUUGAGACUCCACCUGCUUGUUUUCCCCUUUUCCCUUCUCCCCUCAAUCCUAUUUAUUCUUUUCUUGACUUCCCAUGUGGGGCAUCUUUUUUCUUUUUCUUUCUAUUUUUCUUUUUUUAAUGUAGAAAAAGUAUGAGAAAUUCUCAGUUGAAUUUGUUCCUAUAUUUUAGAGUUUGGUUUUGCAUCUUUGCUCUAGAAUUUCUGUGUCUGUUUUGUGUUAAUAUGUUUCAACAUGCCUGAUUGUUUUGCAUUUUUAUUACAAAUUUUUACUGUGUGCAAUGCAUUGUAUUGGGGGAAAUGUACUUGAGUGCAAUUCUGAUACUGUCAUUGUAUGACUAGUUAUGCUCAUUUAUUUUGUUUUUUGGAAGCUAUAGUGAGCCUGAUGUUUUCACAUUUAAAAAAAAAAAAAAGACAAAAAACAAAUUCUUCCCAAGACUUCCUUUAAGCUCCUCUAACUUCUUCAGUGCAUUUGGGAUCAAACUUUAGCCCCUCAAUAAACCUAUUUUGCUCCCACCCUUGCAAUAUUUAAGGCUGGAAUCAAAUCCUUCAUCUGUGUGGCUCUCCACCUAAUAGGAAAAUCUUGGGGAUUUGAAACAGUGAUUUGUGGCAUUUCCUCUGCCUCAAAUUUCCUGUGUUUCUUUAAGAAGUUGGCCCUAUACUUUUAACCUACAAAUAAUAAUCAGAAAUUUACUUUGCAGUAAGCACAGGUAAUCUGCUUUUCCUUUAACCUGUUCAAUAGAUAGUUAUAGCAGGGCAGGAAGACAGGCCCCAGAGUACCUGCCAGUGUCCAUAUUGGCAGCUGACGUUAGAGGAUGCACGGUAAGGAACUCUCAUCCUCCAAAAGGGAACAGGCCAGCUCCUGAGGAGGCUUCCACAGGCCUUCCGCUCACAGGUUGAUUCUUGCUGGAAGGUAGAAUGGGCCGUUACCUGCCUAACGACUGGCCAGGAGGACCCCCUCAGCUGGUUCUCUCUCCUGCUGUACUGGUGACUUGAUCUUGGCCGACUGGCUGAACAGCAGCAGAGCUGAGCUGGAUUAAGGCAUUCUGCCUCUCUUUCCCUGGCCUCUUUCAUUUUUAACGAUUAGCCUUGGCAGUGGGAAAACCCAGGGGUGUGGCACAUGAAAAUGGUGGGAAUAAUCACCGGGUGGCAAACUUCAGUUAAUUUAUUUUUUUAAUAGAUCUUGCAUCUUUAAGAAAUCAAACCUCCGUAACUGUCAGGAAAGAUUGCUGUGAGCGUUUUUUGGGUCUUUCGUUCAUGUACAAGUUUCAUUCAUUACUAUUCAACUUGGUAGAUGUGUUGGUUGAAAAUUUAAGUUAUCUGUGUUCAUUAGGUCUUGGGAACUUAAUUUGUCCUGAAUUAGGGCCUGUCACAGAUUGCCUCCAGUAUGAAACCCUGUCUGAACAUGUCUCUCUUCCUUUGACAUCCGUGGAGUCGUAGAGCCAUGUGGUUCGCAGCAACGGCGCAUGGGCUGCAGCAGGUGCAAGUCGCGGCUGGCUGAGCCCACCCCUUUAGUGCAGGGGUGAGCAGAGGGUCAGCCGUGAAUGCAGGCCUCUGAGGCAGAGGCACCCCGAUGAGAACUUGCCUGACUUCCCUUGUUGGCACUGAGGCCUGUCAUGCCUUGAGCAAACAUUUGUGGCCAAGAUAUCCCUUGGGGCUUACAUGCUAUGACAGUAUUUGUGGCACUGAAGAGGAUAAAGAAGCUUGAGCCUUCUUUCUGUUUUCCAUUUUACGGGGCAGAGAGAGCUUUUUUUCUACGUAGCACAUUGCAGUCUCACCACUAUCAGAAAAAAAUCAUCAUCAUCCUGUUCAUGGUUUAUACUGAAUUUGCAAACUACUGAUAUUAUUUUUCAAUAACCACUUGUAUCUACCAUCAACCAAGAGAGGUGGGAAGAGGUACACUGUAUCUCUGCAAUAAAACUUUUGCCAGGUUCUACCUCUACUGAGCAAAGGAUACUUUUAUACGUAGGCUUAGAUCUUCCUCCUUUACUAAUCUGACAUGGUGCAUCUUGAGACAAUAACACAUAUGAUGGAAUCCAAAGACAAUUUGAAACAAAGGUAGAUGUAAACUCUUGGUUUGUUUUUAUUUCCUUCUCUUUUUUUAAAUCUCCCUUUUUAUAUUGCUGCUCUGUUUUGGUGUCUCUGUUUGUGUAUGAAAGGUACGUACUGUUCUAGUGAUACUGCAUUGCUUCCUCCAGCCUUUCAUGGUAACUCAGUACCAGGUGUCCAGAAAUGAGUGUUCCAGCCAUUUUGAUAUGUAACUUAGAAAAUUGGGUUUCAUGCAAUAAAAAUGUAUUGGCUGCAUUUAGCAAGGUUUAUCCCGGCAAGGAAAAAUGAUCACCCAUAAAGCGUAACAAAUUCUGUAUUUAGUUGGUUUUUUGUUUUUUGUUUUUGUUUUGUUUUUGUUUUUGUUUGUUAAUUGUGUUUUGUUUUUCUUUUUUGUAAGAUUCUUAAAUAAAUUAAACUGGCUAAUA